AUGGCCGAAAAAACAGAACAGUUCAUCUUAUUAAAUAUAACAAUUGAUGGGAGAGACCCCAAUGCAGCUGAUGUUGAAGGGUGUGGGUUGCCAACUUUGGUGUAUUUGGCUCGAGAGAAGAGACCCAGUAUCACCAUAGCUUCAAAGCCGUUCAUGUGUAUGGCAGAAAAGGUUCGAAGCUGCAUUUCGAGCCUCAUUUAUUUGGCUUGCGGUCUUGAUUUACUUCUCCAGGGGAUGGGAGAUCUUUUUGGGCUGGCUUUUUCGUGGAUGAGAGCUUCACUGUUAAAACUUGAUCUGGCUUUCUUGCGGCCAUUAAUUUCGUUUGUGGGAAGAUCUGGCUUCGCUGUUGAGAAUGAAUCUGGGGCCGUUGAUUUCCGUUUGGGACGGUGUGUUGCAAAUCGGACCGCCCUUUUGCAAUUUGCAGAUCCCUUUGAACAUGGCGAGGUUUUUGUUCUCGAUGAUGGUGGAGAGGUUGAUUUAGACCUCGGCAACUACAAACGAUUCCUAGAUGUAACUCUUACUAGGGACAACAACAUUACCACCGGAAAGAUAUAUCAGGUUCUGCUGGAUAAGGAGGGGAUAGGCGAUUACCUUGGAAAGACUAUUCAGAGUACUGAUGGCUGGCUUCCUGCCAUGUUUGACUCGAUUUAG